AUGGGAAUAGAGAGCCCCACUGAGACCUCGGAAAGCACGGCGAAGGAGGAUUUGCGUGAAUUUUUCGAAAAUAAUAUCCAGAGAUUGGAGAACGGACGGUAUAUGGUUAGCCUGCCAUUCAAAGAUAAUAUCCGGUUUCUCGGCGAUAACGAAAACAUAGCGCGGGGGAGCCUCAAAAGAUUCCUCUUCAAGAAUCGGAAUAAGAGCGAACUCAUAGCGGCUGUCGAUCGGGAAAUGGAGAAUUACCUCAAGUGCGGUUACGCGGAGCCAGCCGCACCGAAAAAACCGGACGAGCUGGUACACUACCUGCCCAUCCUGCCGGUGGUCAAGCAGAGCUCAGCUCAGAGCACGCCGAAGGUGCGGGUAAUAAAAGACGCAGGCGCGCGGCGCGAGGACGAGGCAGCGUUGAACGAUGUUCUGCACGGCGGAGCGAAUCUAUUGCCGGACGUGAUCAAAGUUCUGUUGAGAUUCCGCCAAGACGAAAUCGCCGUCACUUGUGACAUAGAGAAAGCAUUCUUGCAAUACCGGAUCCAUCCAGAUCAUAGAACGUUCCUCAGAUAUUUCUGGCCCCAGGGCAUAAGCAAGAACCCGCAGGCUCCUAUUAGCAGUUUCGCUCUCGUCAGCGAUCGAGACCCUCGAGUCCAGCAGGCCUUCUAA